UUGAGUCAGUGAAAUCAUUGUACUUAGUAUUGCAAAGGCCUGUUGGUUCCAUCGAGUUGGGUGAUGUUCUUUUACCUCAAAGUGACGUUUUAGUUUUUCCAAAGGUCUGUUGGUUCCAUGGAGUUGGGUGAUGUUGUAUGUGAACAAAAACGUGCUUUUGAAUCUGAAAUAAAGAUGCUACAAAUGAAAAUGAUGUGUUGUGAGUUGGAGCGGUUAAAGCCAGCGCCGUCUCCUUCUCUAUCUCCAGUUUUGACAAACAAUUCUCAACCAGGAAACCACGCCCUUAAUCACUUAACUGUUGGCAUUGAAUAUUCUUUUGUGAGCUUACUUGACCUUGCUGCUAAUAAGGACGUUGAGGGGUUCAAACGGUUGAUUGAGUUUGAUGCUACGUCGGUUGACGAGAUUGGAUUGUGGUCUGGUCGAAGGAAGGUAUCGAAGCAAAUGUUGAAUGAGCGAAGGACUCCUUUGAUGGUUGCUGCUACUUAGGCUCCACAUUUAGCUAUAAACAUAGUUGUCAUUAUUUUGCAUAUGGUAGUCUAGAAAUAUUUGUUGUCUUUUUCAUCCCAAGUCUAUUUGACUUUUGAGUUGGUUAAUCUAUUACUCAUUGGAUGAAAAACUUUAAUGACAUUCUUUUCAGAUCGACAUCUAAUGUGGCCUUUUUGAGUGUCUGCAAAUGCGUAUGAACACACACGGGAAAACUCUUAAUCUUUAUUUUUAAAUUUGUUGCUUGUGAAAAAAUUUAAAAGUUGAUCAGAAGAUAA